AUGGCUGAAAGGACUAUAUUACGCAAAGAUCAACUUGAGAUCAGCCUGCAUAAUGAGAAAAAGCUCAUCAAGGAAGGUACAAUUAAGGAUGACAACCCAUUGGAUCUAAGUGAACCGUUCCGUGAGCUAUGCAGUGCUUGCCGGAGGGGUGAUCUCAAAGUCUGCCAGGAGAAGAUUACUGAGGGCGUGAACGUGAACGCACGCGACUCGUAUGACUAUACGCCCUUGAUUCUGGCCAGUUUAUGUGGACACUACGAAGUAGCACAACUUCUACUUGAAUCGGGCGCACUUUGCGAGCGCGACACCUUUCAAGGCGAACGAUGUCUAUAUAAUGCUUUGAAUGACCGCAUCCGAAAUCUUCUACUCGAAUACGACUACUCGAAAUCGACAGACCCACUGCAACCACUUGCUGCUCAUGUCGCCUCUCUCCUCACGCGAGAAAACCCUUCUACAACUGACAUCACCAUAUCCGUCGUGGAUCAAGACAUUGCACUACAUAAGUUCAUAUUGGCUGCCCGCUCGCCCUACUUCCAAUCGAAACUUGCUGCGACACCGGAGAUAUCGACAUGGAAGCUACCGAGUACGAUCCCCCCAGAAGCUUUUGCGACGGCAAUUCGAUAUCUGUACCUGGGAGAAGCUCCUCGAGAACUUCGAAGUGGACCCGGAACAGGCUUCACCGAGACCGAGGUCUUCACCGGCAUUGACAAAAUUGCUAAACAGCUUGAACUUGAGAGUCUGACGGAGAGCCUUUUGGAAAGUGGAGAUCGACGACGUGCGCGUCAACGCAGAGCGACAGAACUGAGCAAAGGCCGCGACCAGCUCGAAUCAUGGUUCCGGAAAAAAGUGCUUGGCAACAAGCUCACAGUCAAGACGUCCCAGGUCAACGAAAUCAAGUGGAACCGCUCAAAUUCCAUCUUCGCAGACGUUCUCUUAAGAGCAGAUGAACUGUCGAAUGAGGAGGUGGGCGUACAAGAGGCAUCUCCGAGGUCGGUCUUAUUUCCAUGCCAUCGCGCGAUGCUUCUUCGUUCAGAGUUUUUCCAGACCAUGUUUACUUCGUCUUUCCGAGAAGCUCAAGUGACGGACUAUCUGCACAUCAUAUCUGUGGACUGCGCGCCGGAUGUCUUGGAAAUUAUCCUGACCUUCUUGUAUACCGAGCGGGCUGAGUUUCCGCUCGACGUUGCUGUCGAUGUUCUCUUCGUAGCUGAUAUGCUCUUCAUUGAAAAAUUGAAGACAAAGGCAGCGGUGGUCAUCAGCACAUUGGGUAGUGGAGUCUCACAGGCCGAGGCGGCGCGAACCCGAGGUAUCCAAGACGAGGACGACAUUGACAUUUAUGCAAUCAUCAGGGCAGCGUGGAUGACCCGGGUGCAGCGGCUCGAGGAAUUUGCUGCUCGCUUCCUCGCCUACAGAUUGGAAGCCCACAUUGAUUCUCCAGAAUUUGCACAAUUGAUUGAAGAGUCUGCCAAUCGCAUUCAGGCACGCCAAGAGACUGACUCGAUCGAGCUUUUGGAUGACAUUCGCUUCUACCUCAAUGAGCGAUUCAGAAAGCGGUUCGAUGAUGCUGGCCUCGAUGAGUUGAUGGAUGAGCAACAGCAACCACCUGCAGCAACUGACGAGGGCGAAGUACUUGCGGAAGGCGUUGACAAGAUCACAGAAGGAGUGCAGGCAAUCGACGCCGCGAGUACGGGUUCCGAGGCAGGCGUCCCCAUCGCAAAGACUCAAGCGUCUCACAAUCAUACUCGCGAGAUCAGAACACUGGAUGGAGCGCUCGUUGAAGACGAAUUUGAGCAGGAUGCAAUGAACUAUCAAAUCUUGCUGGAAAAGCUUGAUGCCUUGUUGGAACGGUUGAAUUUGGAAGCAUGA